CAAAACUGAAGUCGCUACCCGCCAUCUUGAUACUCCCACAACAACCAUGCCGACCUGUGCAAUUAAUCGCCUGUUUUGUGGCUGAUCAGCGACUAGGACACGUUGAAAGACUUUUCUUCUGCCAACAAGAUGUUGCAGGCAGGAUUAGAAGUUGUGAACGCAACCCUUUUCCGGCAACGUCAUUAUGGCGGGAAGUAGCAGGCUCGUCACUGCCGGAAGCAGUCUAAGAAGGAACCGGUGAAUGGUGUGGCGUCACUUUACGGUGUGACGGGACGCAUUGUUCAAAAACAAUACUGAAAUGUCCACCACCUCGUCAGUGUCAACGGGUUGUUUUGUUUUCAAGCCAAAAUCCAAGAAGAAGAAGAAAACAUCCCCCAGUUUAGACGACUAUUUCACUCGUGGUUGUGAAGAUGCUGAGACCAGUGACAUACGGUUCAGACUCUUUCAUGAACUAUGGAACAAGAUUAAAACGGAUACAGAGCUUUUGCAGGAUGAGCUCAACAGGCAAAUCCUGGACAGCUUGCUGGACUUCACCAGAAAGUGCUCCUCCACUCGCCAAGACGACCACUGGGCUUCCCAGAUGAGGGCCAGCGAGAUUCCUACAGCGGCGCUAAUGCUUGGGGUGAACAUGCCUGACCACGAUAUGACCUUCCAGAGUCUGUCUGAGCUGCUUCAGCAGUCAGUCACACCUCACGUGGCCUGUGUCCAAGCCAAAGAGUGUGCAGCUUUGAAGCACUUGAUGAAGAGGGUAUUGGAGCGAUUGAUGCACACGGUGGUUGCUACUGCUGCUGAUGAUGAGGAAGAAGAAGAGCAGGAAGAGGUUGCAAUAAAGCAGGGCAUGACUCCGCUACACAAAAGCGUGCACUGCUCCCUGAGUGUGCUCUCCAAAUGGUACAACACACAAACAAAGAAAUCCAGCACUCCUGGGAAAAAGCGCAGUUCUCCAAGUAAAGACCAUCGUCCCCCGGUUGUCAUUAUUUUCAAAGAUUUUGAAGCCUUCAACCAAAAAGUUCUUCAGAAAUUCAUUCUCAUCUGCAGUCGAUACAUCGAGUGUCUUCCCCUCAUGUUCAUAUUCGGCAUUGCCACGUCGCCGAGCACCAUCCAGCACAUGCUGCCCCACUCAGUGUCGUCACUGUUGUGCAUCGAGCUCUUCCAGUCUCUGUCGUGCACUCAGCACCUUUCCACUGUCAUGGAUAAGUUGAUCCUGACAUCAAAGUUCCCUUUUAAGAUGACUGGCAGAGUGAUGCAGGUGCUGAUUAGCCUCUUCCUCUAUCACGACUUCUCUGUGCGAAACUUCAUCAAGGGUGUGCAGAUGGCCCUCCUGGAGCACUUCCACUCACAACCUCUCAGCAUCCUGUGCUGCAGCAAGCAGGAAGCACUGCGUAAUGUUGCGCAUCUCAACCACGAGAGCCUGGAGAGGAUCAGGCAGCUGCCUUCGUUCAGCAGGUAUCUUGACAAGCAAGAAUCCCAAGAGCAGGUUGGACUGUUAAAAGAGGAUGCUCACUUAAAGGAGGUUUGCCAAAAGCUGAUAAAGGAACUGCAUGAAUACCACAAGAAGUAUUAUCCCACCCUGAGGUGUCUUCAUGCUUUGACCUCCUCGCUGCCUCGCUAUCCCCUUGGAAAACAGAUCCGGGAGCUCCAUUUAAUUUGCCUGGAGAAGAAUGUUUGGGAGACGGAGGAUUAUCAGUCAGCCAUGAAGCUUCUUAAGAUGUUGGCCAAAGACGAACUGAUCGCUUUGCUCCAAAGAUGCGUGGAGAUUCUGCAGCCCCCCAACUCAAAGAUGAAGAGCGCCCUAGUCCAGUUGGAAGACAUGCUCAGCAAAUUUAAGCAGUUGGACGGGGCCAGUGAGGUGAUGACAUGUGACGAUGAGAUCCCGAUUUCACCUAUGAAGAACCUUAAGAAAACUGACCUGUACCAGCUGCAGAAGGCUCUUCUGGAGAUGAACGAGUCUAGAAGAAGGAAGAAAUGCAGUCCCUUUGAGAAUCUGCGAAGUGAAGCGGUCACAUUUAUCGACAACCUCGUAAAGAGUCACCUGUCUCCUCCAGAGUCCCAGACGCUGAAUGAAGUGUGCUACUACAGCUCUUCGUCGUCUGUGAGACGCUACCUUAACGCCACACCCCGCACCUCCAUUCAGGCCGCACUCAGCAGCCCCUACUAUUAUCUUCGGAAUGAAAGCCUAAAAACAGAUGACGGGAGUGUUUCCAACGCGGCGCCUGACAUCUGCAUCGUUUACAAGCUGCACUCGGAGUGUGGCCGCCUCAUCAAUCUCUACGACUGGAUGCAAGCCUUCUCUACUGUGGUGUCUGCAGCGGAGGGCAAUGAUCCAAAUUCGGACAACUUUGGCAAAGUGGAUGAUGUCAAACAUGCUCGGUUCAUCCGGGCUGUGUCAGAGCUGGAAUUUUUGGGGUUCAUAAAGUCCACCAAGCAGAAGACAGACCAUGUGGCCCGACUCACUUGGGGAGGAUGCUGACCAUUAGUCCAAUAACAAAAUAUAAAUUCCCUCUGAAAUGUUUUUUUUUUGUAGUUUUCUCCCAUUAAUUAAAGCUGUCUGAUACCUUAGA